UAUCUCGGUCAGUAUACUGAUAGGCGCUCGUAAGGUGUUUUCCGUGGUACGUGAUACGAGCGAAAUGUGUACAUACAUUGUUUACAGUUGUGAGGGAUUCAAAAGUAUGGCGACUAAAAUGUGGAUUGUAGGGUUAUUAAGCAUGUUGUCAAUGAAGUGUAUUCUGGCAAGUGUCCCAUGGGAUCCCGCAUGUGGCACCACCAGGGGCUGUUUCCCCGACUGCAGGGACACCGGAUGUACCUUUCUUGUCACGUGGCAACCUCUGGUAACCGAGCUUCUGUUCGCAGUACAGUACGAGGUGACAGCAACCAACAGCUACGUGGCACUAGGCUUCUCAGACGACCUCAGAAUGGGCGACGAUAGUGUGGUAGCGUGUGUUCCCGGGGACCCGACCAAUCCGGUACAGUCCUGGUACACUCAGGACACUGAUUUAGAAUCCCUUUCACCGCUGAACACGGGACUUUCAGCGGCGACUGUUACCCAUGCAAAUGGCGUCCUUGCUUGCAAUUUUACGCGACAAAUCAAAGACGCUAAUGCCCAUUUCUUCAAUCUCAACAACGAGUAUUUGAUAAUGGUGGUUGUGGGACAAAUGAAGACCAAGCACGGUGUGACACAGUUGGACAAGCAUUACAUGAUUCCUCACACGAGUGACGUCAAAGUGGACUUCACCUCUACCAGUAUCUACAAGCAAUAUAGGCUGAAUAGCCCCUUGGUAAAACUGCAUGGAUCAAUGAUGACCCUUGCGUGGUUGGUGUGUUGCUCCAUCGGUAUUGUGAUAGCCAGGUACCAGAAAGAUCUGUUGCCUGACAAGAAACUCUUCAGCACCAAGUAUUGGUUCCAGCUCCAUCGCGGGUCCAUGAUUUGUGUCAUGAUCUUCGGAACCGUUGGAUUCAUCUCAAUUUUCGUCGAACUGAAAGGCUACAGUCAGCUAACACCUCCGCCAUCCAAGGGCGCCACGGCGGCACAUCCGGUUCUUGGAAUCAUCGUGACCGCCAUUAUGUUCAUUAAUCCAACCAUGUCUAUGUUCCGGCCAGACCCCGAUCACAAGUUCCGCUUCGUGUUCAAUUGGGCACACCUCGGGGUCGGCGUCACUGGUCACGUGUUGGCAGUUGUUUCUACAAUGAUCGGGUUGACGACGGAGAGAGCGGGGCUGCCCACUUCCGGUCUUGUGGUGGGACUCCUCUGGUUAGCCGCCAUCAUCAUCAUGGGGGUCAUCAUGGAAAUUCUCAAGUGGAAGACGCCCGCAAACAAAACCAGUUCUCAAAACACUGGAAAGUCCGCCGAGGGUACAGACAAACCAAAUUUAAAGCGCGAUGCCAAACUAAAAGUAAUUCUACUUGGGAUAUUUUGCGCGGCUAUGGUAGUGUUCUGGAUUGGAAUCGUCGCCAUCAUAGCAACGUACUGAAUAAUGAUCUUAAAUUUCAUUAGUAUUUGUUUUUAUGACUUUUAACUUAUUGAUAAUACUAUUUUUAUAUUUGUUUAUAUUUUUAACCUGUUUGCCCUUACAUCUAUUGACUGUGUUGCAUUUAUAAUUUAUUGCAUUUUAAGAAGUGCCUAAAUUCAAAUACGCGUUUAGUCCGCAAACCAUUUUGUUAGUAAUAAAAGAUUAUUUAAGUUUGAAUAUCGAUAACAAAGCUUUUGUAGUUUGAAAUAAAAUGUUUGGAAGUUAACUGUUCUAAUUCGCAUUAACGAUAGCUUGUGGUUUACAAUCAUGCGUGUGAACCAUGCGCCUGACAGGGCUAGAUUUAGAAACGACAUUCAUGUUAAUUAAGUAACAGACACAAUUUGGCUAGUAGUUGUAUAUUUUAUUAAAGCGAAGCAUAGUACAUGGACGCUCAUUGUUAUUUACAGCGAUAAUACGAUCUGUUUUAUAAUUAAAAGAAUAUAUACAAAAUAUUGUACUACCGAGCCAUAUAAAUGGCUUACGAGUCACUAAGUUGACACUUUAUGGGUGUU